AUGGGUUAUUGUAUAUUGGAUGGUUUGCCUUAUACAAGAUCUUGGAUGUCCUUCCACUGCAGGCAUGGGAAGGCUUACCUCUUCAAUAAGGUAAGGAAAAGAAGGAAUAUACUGCCUCCUAUUUCUGGCAGAGUGAAUGUGACUCUUGGAGAGAGAGAAGAUAGAAUGAUGAUGACUGGACUGCAUACUGUUGCUGACAUUUUCUGUGUUGGGUGCGGAUCAAUAGUGGGAUGGAAAUAUGAAACUGCCCAUGAAAAGCACCAAAAGUACAAGGAAGGGAAAUCUGUCCUUGAGCGAUUUAAGAUUUCAGGGCCAGAUGGGAGCUACUACUGGGUUGGUCAUGAAGCACAUGUUGGUGGAAGUGAUGCAGAUGAUGUUUGA